GGGAGAAACCAGCCACCAUUGCAGAGGAGGACGACGAAGAAGAAGAAGCAGGACUCAUAGCAAUUGCUCGCUCCCAUCCCGAAUUGCAUAGUGUCCCCGCAGCAGCAGCAGCUAUGGCGUCCACCAUGUUGGAGUCUCAUCUGGUCUCUAGCGUCACAUUGCGGGUAGCAGCAGCACCUCGCAAUUCGGCAGCCUCGGCCUCGGCCUCUGCCACAGCGCAGGCUGUGCCUUGCAAGGCACUGGGAGCGUCGUCAUCUACGUUGCUUCGUGGCGGGCAACUGAGGACGGGUUUCGUGGCUGUGCACAGAAGGCCUUGCACGAUGGCCUUCCGUCCCCGUGCGCAAUCGCAAGGUACCAAGCUUACACAGGAUGAACUCAAGAAGAUUGCUGCCGAGAAGGCUGUGGAAUAUGUCAAGAGUGGCAUGGUCUUGGGUUUGGGCACAGGUUCUACAGCUGCAUUUGCAGUGGCAAAGAUUGGCGAGCUUUUGAAGGAAGGAAAGCUGACGGAUAUUGUUGGAGUGCCUACCUCAAAGAGAACGGCAGAACAGGCUGCGUCACUGGGCAUCCCUCUAUCUGUUUUGGAUGAUCAUCCUAAGAUUGAUCUAGCUAUCGAUGGAGCUGAUGAAGUCGAUCCCGAUCUCAACCUUGUGAAAGGACGGGGUGGUGCUUUACUUCGUGAGAAGAUGGUGGAGGCUGCUUCAGCAAAGUUUGUAGUGAUUGUUGAUGAAACCAAGUUAGUGAAGGGCCUUGGAGGCAGCAAGCUGGCCAUGCCUGUGGAGGUUGUCCAGUUUUGCUGGAAGUAUAAUGCCGAGCGCUUGAAGAACCUUCCAGAACUUGCUGGUUGCGAGGUUAAACUUCGCAUGGAUGGCGACAAGCCCUAUGUGACUGACAAUUCGAAUUACAUCAUCGACCUUUACUUCGAGGAGCCUAUUGUAGACGCCAACGCUGCAGCUCAGGCUAUCUCCGCAUUAGAAGGUGUGGUGGACCAUGGGCUUUUCUUGAACAUGGCCAGCGCUGUUAUCAUUGCAGGUUCUGAUGGUGUUACUGUCCAAACUAAGGACACUUAGAUUCUUGAGUGUGUAGGACAAGUUGUUAGUAUAAAUAAUACGUAGACGGCUGAACAUAUUUAUCGAAAAUACGGCAGUAAUUUGAAUUUUCGCAAGGCAUUCUACUUUGCUUAAUGCUGUCGGUAAAAUUUUGGCAUUGUUGUUGGUGAACAUCUUGAAGUCUACAUACUCAUCUAAUGCCCUCUAUGUGUAAAAAGCUACAUAAUGCUGGGGCUUGUGUUGCUUCAA